GAAGCGGAAAAGGCGCUGGAGCGGCUGCUGGUCAAGUCGGUUGGGAAGGAAAGCAGCCCUGCCUGGCGGUUGGAGGUGAAUAUAUUUGUAAUUUAUAGGAAAAUAAGCAGAAAUGUACAUCAGGUCAAUUGUUCUUGAAGGUUUUAAGUCUUACGCUCAGAGGACAGAGGUUAAUGAUUUUGACCCUCUAUUCAAUGCUAUUACUGGCUUAAAUGGAAGUGGCAAAUCAAAUAUCCUGGACUCCAUUUGUUUUUUAUUGGGAAUCACCAAUCUGUCACAGGUGAGAGCUUCCAACUUGCAAGAUCUUGUUUACAAAAAUGGGCAGGCUGGAAUUACUAAGGCUUCUGUUUCUAUCACUUUUGAUAAUUUUGAUAAGAAGCAGAGUCCACUAGGAUUUGAGAAUCAUGAUGAGAUAACAGUCACAAGACAGGUGGUGAUUGGAGGCAGAAAUAAAUACUUAAUCAAUGGUGUCAAUGCAAACAAUACCAGAGUACAAGAUCUCUUCUGCUCUGUUGGAUUGAAUGUCAAUAAUCCUCAUUUUCUUAUUAUGCAGGGCCGAAUUACCAAAGUACUCAAUAUGAAGCCUCCAGAGAUAUUGGCUAUGAUUGAAGAAGCAGCUGGCACAAGAAUGUAUGAGUGUAAGAAACUUGCAGCACAAAAAACUAUUGAGAAAAAAGAAGCAAAACUCAAAGAAAUUUGCACGAUUUUAGAGGAAGAAAUCACACCCACUUUGCAAAAACUGAAAGAGGAACGAUCCUCCUAUUUGGAAUACCAAAAAGUUGUGAGAGAGAUAGAACAUCUGAACCGUCUGUAUGUGGCGUAUCAGUUUACAAUAGCUGAAGAAACCAAGGGACAUUCUGCUGAUGUGCUGAAGGAGAUGGAAAACAGCAUUUCAAAACUUCAAGAAGAGAUGACUGAAAAUGGGAAGAAAGUGAAGGAACUUAGCAAAGAAAUAUCAGAGAUGGAAAAGAAAAGGGAUCAAGAAUUUGGUGGUGCGCUCCAUUCUCUAGAGGAAGGUCUUGCCGAGAUUCAGAGAACUGAUACCAAAGUACAAAGUACCCUUGCUAUCAAAAAGCAAAAUUUACAAAGUGAAGAGAAAAAGCGGAAUGAAUUGGUUAAAGCCAUGGAAGAGGAUUCUAAAGCUUUAGCUUUGAAGGAAAAAGAAGUGAAGAAGUUGAGUGAUGCUUUGAGUGUUCUUCAAGAGGAAAACAAUAAAGACACUCAGGCUCUGGUUGCAGCACAGCAGCAUUUCAAUGCAGUGUCAGUUGGACUGUCCAGCAGUGAAGAUGGGGAAGAUGCUACUCUUGCUGGACAGAUGAUGACUUGCAAGAAUGACAUAAGCAAAGCAGAGACAGAAGCAAAACAAGCUCAGAUGAAACUGAAACACGCGCAGCAAGAGCUAAAGACUAAACAAAAUGAAGUAAAAAAAAUGGAUGGUGGCUACAAGAAAGAUCAAGAAUCCUUUGAAGCAGCUGAGAAGCAGAAAGAGAAACUUGAACACGAAAUGAAGGAGCUCAACUAUGAAGAUAAAAAAGAAGAACGUCUUUUAGAAAAGCAAAAGGAGUUAUCCCGUGUGGUAAAUCGUUUGAGGGAAUCCUAUGAAACUUUCCUGGCCAGGUUCCCCAAUCUACGCUUUGAUUACAGAAAUCCAGAAACAAACUGGAAUGCAGAUCGUGUGAAAGGACUGGUUGCGUCUUUGAUUACUGUGAAAGAUGUUUCUACAGCAACAGCACUAGAAGUAGUGGCUGGUGGUCGACUUUAUAAUGUUGUGGUGGACACUGAGGUUACUGGAAAAAAGCUGUUAGAAAAAGGGGAACUGAAACGUCGAUAUACUAUUAUUCCACUGAAUAAAAUUUCAUCAAGAUGUAUUGGAAAAGAAACUAUCAAAGUGGCCAAAACCUUGGUUGGUGAUAACAAUGUUAAUCUGGCCCUUAGCCUGGUGGGCUAUGAUUCUGAAAUCCAAAAGGCAAUGGAGUAUGUCUUUGGGCAGGCCUUGGUUUGCGAUAACAUGGAUAAUGCCAAGAGAGUCACCUUUGACAAAAGGAUAAUGACAAAAACAGUCACUCUAGGUGGAGACACGUUUGAUCCUCAGGGCACACUGAGUGGAGGUGCCCGGUCUCAGGCUGCUUCAGUUUUGUCCAAACUUCAAGAAAUGAAAGAAGUGCAAGAUGAAUUGAAAGCAAAAGAGGCUGAGCUACAGGCGACGGGAAAAGAGAUAGCAAGUCUACAGGUGACUCUUGAAAAGUAUCAUCAACUGAAGCAACAAUGGGAAAUGAAAUCUGAAGAAGCUGACCUCUUACAAACCAAGUUACAGCAAAGCACUUAUCACAAGCAUCAGGAAGAACUGGAUGCCCUGAAAAAAACCAUUGGCCCAGGGGUAAAUGAAGACUUUGGAUCCAUUUUUUCCACCCUUCUGCCAGGAGCCAAUGCUAUGCUGUCACCUCCUGAAGGGCAGUCAGUCCUUGAUGGUUUGGAGUUUAAAGUUGCCCUGGGGAACACUUGGAAGGAGAAUUUAACUGAAUUAAGUGGAGGCCAAAGAUCCCUUGUAGCUUUGUCCUUAAUUUUGGCCAUGCUUCUCUUCAAACCUGCUCCCAUUUACAUCUUGGAUGAAGUGGAUGCCGCCCUUGAUCUUUCACAUACUCAGAAUAUUGGGCAGAUGCUUCGGACCCAUUUCAGACACUCUCAGUUUAUUGUAGUUUCAUUGAAGGAUGGUAUGUUCAACAAUGCAAAUGUAUUGUACAAGACCAAAUUUUUGGAUGGUGUUUCUACCGUGGCACGAUAUACACAGGCUCAGAAUGGAAAUAAUGGAGCUGCACAACAAAGAGCCGAUAAACUAAGCAAGAAAGAAAAGAGACUAAAAAUACCAGUGGAUGCUUGAAAAAUAUUUGUAGCUUGGUGGUUCGCUUAUAUUUUUAAAGAGAAAAUGGGAUGCAAUUAAAAUAUAGAAAUGCCUCUUCGUUAGCAUAGCAAUAUCAAUGUAUUAUCUCUAUAGAGCAUUGAGAUUCUCUGUACUCAACAUCUUGAGGUACAGAAGGGUUAAUCUGUAAAUGCAGCUAUUUUUCUUAAUCUAGAUUAGAAAUAUUUUAAAGACUUGUAAAUAUCUCUUCUAUUUUUUUUUCUCAUUACAAAAAAGCUUGCACUUGUUUAAGAAACAAAAUCAUCCCCAUAAAAUUUACCUGUUUCCAUAAAGCAAACUACUUAUUGGCCAGGAAUGCACAACCAUAUAAAAAUAAAUACUACAUAACCAGAAGAUUAUAAAAUUGUGUACUACUAUGUAACAUUGACUCUGAGUUCUGUGCUCUUGUUUUAAAUUUAAAUGUGUGAUUUUGUAUAGCAGCAAAAUCUGUCCUUAUAUAUUUGUAUUAGUAAUAAAAU